UCUUAUAAACUAUUUAAAGGCAGAUUAAAGUAGAAUCAAGCUAAUUUCAGUUGCAUUUUAAUUGUCGUUUUGGUUGUGCAGGUUUCUUGUUGAUGUUUUGAUCUACAUUUAAGGCGAUGCAGAAUUUCCCGUCCAAUUUGUCCGAUGAGCAGAAGCUGCGAUUUCUUUCGGCUAAUAAUCAGCUGAAACGGAAAAGCAGCACCGAAAAUGGUCCACAAACUGACCAUAAGUUUCGUGCCCUUUCUCAGCCCAGGAUCAUUAUAAUCGGGGCUGGUGCCGCAGGGUUAAGCUGUGCCCAACGUCUUCUGGACAACGAGUUCACGAACAUUGUUAUCCUUGAAGCACAAGAUCGAAUUGGAGGACGAAUAUGGAGUGAACAGAUUGACAGUGGUCACGUUGAAUUUGGAGCACAAUUUUUGCAUGGUAAAAACAUUCUCUAUGACGUGGCGGAGCAGAAUAAACUGAUUAAAGUCAUCACGCCACAUAAAAAGAAAGUCAUCGACCCUGUAACGGACCACGGAAGUGGCGGAGAGUUUCUUUUCGAUAUGGAUAUUGAUGCCAAGGCGUUUCCUCACUUGGAACAAGUCUUUAUUGAAACCUACAAUACUAUCAACGAGAUUGUGGAACAGUGCAAGUACGAUGGACCACAUACCGAUGACGAUAAACUAUCAUUUGGGGAUCUCGUGAAAGCAAAAUUCUGCCACUUUGUUAGCACCAAACACAACGAAACGGAUGACGUUAAGGCUUACCGCAUGUCGAUUUUCGGGUGGUUGGUUCGUGUCCAUCGUGCUGACAAUGCCUGCAAAAGCCUCAGUGACCUUUCCUGUUCUGAGUAUGCUGAAUAUGCCGGUGACCUGGUGAAUACACAGCUCUCGGCCCCAAUGAAAAGCAUUUUGGACCUCUGCACUGCGCGUGUACCACGAAAAAAAAUUAUGCUGAACAAAGCAGUGGAACAAAUCAAUUUCAAUCAGGAAAAUCCCCAUCCCGUUGAGGUUAUUUGUAAAGAUGGAGACGUUCUCCUGGCUGACCACUGUAUCGUCACCGCGUCUCUGGGAUUUUUGAAGAAGAAUGCCGAUACCUUCUUCAGUCCCUGCUUGUCUGAUGAGAAGACUGACGCGAUCGCUCAAGCGGGAUUCGGAACGUGCAAUAAGAUUUUCCUCCGCUUUGACGAAGCCUUCUGGGAGGAUCAAUAUGGAAAAACCGACGGGUUUCAGUUGCUGUACUUUGAUGAUUGCAACGAAAAUGAUGCCGACUUGGCUAAGCUUCCAUGGUAUCGAAGUAUCCACGGAUUCGACGUUUGCCCAACUGCUCCUAACACACUGGUUGGCUGGCUGGGUGGAUCUGAGCAGAAUCGCAUGAUGGAAACACUGACGGACGACGAAGUGGCCGACAGCUGUCAGCAACUGUUGCAGAAAUUUUUACGAAAAUGCACAGUGCCUCGACCCAGCAAAAUUAUCAGAGCCAACUGGUCACAUAAUCCAUAUAUUCUUGGAUCAUACAGUCAUGCGGCUAAAGGUCAAACCGAACACAUCAAAGCUAUAGCGGAGCCGACUUGGUUCUACCGCUCUGCCAGAGGUGUUUUAGAGAAGCAGAUUCCUGGUUUGCUGUUCGCUGGGGAAGCUACCCAUCCCACGUGGUUCUCUACCGUGCCGGGUGCAAUGGAGAGUGGACAACGUGAGGCGGACAGAAUCAUUGUGCUCUAUACAAAAUCCUGACUAGGACGGGAAUCACUCUCGCUGGAAGAUGCAGUUCCGCCAGUCCAGGAGGACGCCGGUCUGCUGUUUCUCAGCGCUGACCUAUCGAGUGGCAGCCGACAGGGGCGCGACAAAUGGCCUCUCAACAAUGACAUGUCACGUGAAGCCAUUGAUGAGGAACCAAUGGAACAUCGUUCCUAUGAUAAACUGGAGGGGAAUGAUGAAGAACCACCCUAAAAUUAAAGCGCUGUGAACAGAAAGACCAAGCCACUCGCAUUAAGUGCGCUUUAAUUGAUAUUUUCGGAAAUAUGAGGACAUAUAUAUUUCACUUCCUAAGCAUUUGCACCGCUUUUGAUAACCGCACGAUAACGCACGAUUGUUUGCCUGUAAUUAAUUUGUGAAUGAAUUUCGUGCGUUAUUCUGCAUAAACAUAACCUCUAAUACAGUGAAAAGAGACAAACUUAGCUUUUCCUGCCGUAAUUUUUUUUUAUAAUUUUCCUGAAUUGAUUCUUUUGAUACGCCUUUCCCGAUUUCCUGAGUUUGCAACUUGUUAUAACUUUGAGCAGUGUGCUGCAUAUACAGUGUGUAUCUGUUGCAGUGUCUUUUCUAAGCCUAUUGUUAAUAAAUGUUUGAGACCA